AUGAAAUCCACAGCCAUUAUUCAGAGAGGCAAAGGAUUUGUCUUUGAAGAAGUAACGCUGCCUCCAUUGAAAGAACACCAAGUCUACAUCAAGGUUGAGCAUGCGGCCUUUAACCCCACUGACCGCCUCGCUUUCGAUGUAAAUGCCUUUGGGGACGGCGCAUUACUGGGAUGUGACUUUGCUGGUACCGUAGUCAAAGCCCACCCGGGUGUGACCAGACUGCAGGCAGGUGAUCAGAUUGCAGGUUUCGUUUGGGGCGGAGAGACCAAGGGUGUGGGCGCAUACUCAAUGUAUACUAUCGCCGACGAACGGCUCUCAUUCAAGGUCUCACCAAAUGCAAGCACUGCUCAGGCAUGCUCGGUGCCGCUGGCGGCGAACACAGCCUGGCUCGGCCUAUUUUCUGCGGACUGCCUUGCUGUCAACCGGGGUGAUUCUGUCAAGAAGCCACCUGUAUUGAUCUGGGGAGGAAGCUCUACGGUAGGCUAUUUUGCCAUUCAAAUAGCUAAACUCUUCGAUAUCGAGGUCGCCACGACAUGCAGCCCUAAAAACUUCGAAAAAGUCCGGCAAGCUGGAGCAACUCACGUGUUCGACUAUAACGACCCCGACGUCAUUCCCAAGAUCAAGGCUGUAUUGCCGGACCUUGGAUAUGUCUUCGAUACCAUAGGAAGUGCAACCUCCUCUACAACCGCUGCUGAGGCGAUCAACAACCCGGAAGCCGUGCUUUGUACCGUUCGACCAGGCAAGGCUCAUACGCAGGACGUCCCAUCGCACGUCAAGGUUACGGAUGUUUUGGUUUUCACAGCUUUUCCGACAGAGCACAACUACCGCAACGUGGCGCAUUGGCCUGUCAAGAUGGCUGACCACAACCUCAGUUCCGAGCUGCAUGAUCAACUGGAAAAUUUGCUCGGCAAUGGAUCGCUGAUACCCCCUCCCAUUCGUAUUGUCGGAGACCUCCGCCCUUCAGUGAUUGAGGAGGCUAUGAAUCUGCAACGUCAAGGGCUCAUUUCGGGUGAGAAAUUGAUCUUCAGAGGUCUAUGUGAUGGAAAAUAG